UGGUGGAAAACACUUUGUUAUACAGAAUAAAAAACUAAUAUUUGCUCUUCCUUCAAUCAAAACCGGAUCCGCUGAAACUAAAAUCUGACCUAAUCUCAUUAAAUUAUUUUUAUGGUGUCAAAGGUCAAACUUCUGAAGGGCAGCAGUGGGUAGUUCACAAUUCAGACCGUAUAAAUUCCCAGGGGCUGAGCCAGUCUGUCUACAUACAGCUGGAAAGCUGUAUUGCCCUUGGUGCUGAAGCUCGAACGACAAUACUGGUUUCACAAUGGGCUCCAUCAGUACAGCAAGCACGGAGUUUUGUUUUGAUGUAUUCAAGGAGCUGAAAGUCCAGCAUGUCAACGAGAACAUCUUCUACUCCCCAUUGAGCAUCAUUUCAGCUCUGUCCAUGGUCUACCUAGGUGCAAGAGAAAACACCAGGGCUCAGAUAGAAAAGGUUGUCCACUUCGAUAAAAUCACAGGAUUUGGAGAGUCUAUUGAAUCUCAGUGCGGCACAUCUGUAAGCGUCCACACCUCACUUAAAGACAUGCUCAUCCAAAUCAGCAAACCAAGUGACAAUUACUCACUCAGCUUUGCCAGUAAACUUUAUGCUGAAGAGACAUACCCAAUCCUACCGGAAUACUUACAAUGUGUGAAGGAACUCUAUAAAGGAGGCUUGGAAAGCAUCAACUUUCAAACAGCUGCAGAUCAAGCCAGACAACUCAUCAAUUCCUGGGUUGAAAGUCAGACAAAUGGAAUGAUCAAAGAUAUACUUCAGCCGAGCUCUGUGGAUCCCCAGACUGAAAUGGUCCUUGUCAAUGCCAUUUACUUCAAAGGAAUCUGGGAAAAAGCAUUUAAGGAUGAAGACACCCAGGAAGUGCCUUUCAGAAUAACUGAGCAAGAAAGCAAACCUGUGCAGAUGAUGUAUCAGAUUGGUUCAUUCAAAGUGGCAGUGAUAGCUUCUGAGAAAAUUAAGAUCCUGGAACUUCCAUAUGCCAGUGGGGAGCUGAGCAUGUUAAUCGUGUUGCCUGAUGAUGUCUCUGGCUUGGAGCAGCUUGAGACGGCAAUCACCUUUGAAAAACUCAUUGAGUGGACCAGUCCUAGUAUAAUGGAAGAGAGGAAAACUAAAGUGUACCUCCCCCGCAUGAAGAUAGAGGAAAAAUAUAACCUCACAUCUGUUUUAAUGGCCCUGGGUAUGACCGACCUGUUCAGCCCUUCAGCCAAUCUGUCUGGCAUCUCUUCAGCGGAGAGCCUGAAGAUGUCUGAAGCCAUCCAUGAGGCAUUUGUGGAAAUCUAUGAAGCAGGCAGUGAGGUGGUAGGCUCAGCAGAAGCUGGGAUGGAGGCUACAAGCGUCUCAGAGUUUAGGGUUGAUCACCCUUUCCUCUUCCUGAUCAAGCACAACCCAGCCAACAUCAUCCUCUUCUUUGGUAGAUGUGUCUCCCCUUAAAGAGAAGAAAGCUGAAAGAAUUUCUGUCCCUCACAGCAAGACCCAGAGCACUGUAGUAUCAGGGGUAAAAAGAAAUGCAUACUCUCUCUUUCAUCCAUAAUUUCUAAAACCAGAAAGCUUU